GACGUGCUGAAUUGUUGCCACUCGCGAAGAUGCCGGCUCUUGAUCAAUUACACAGCAUGCUCCCCGACGUCUCUUCCGGCGUGAUCCUCGCCUUUGUGUCGACCCUCUUCAUCAUAGGGUCAUACAUAUACUCCUGGAACCGUCUCAGACACAUUCCCGGUCCCGUGCUGGCGAGGUGGUCGUAUCUCUGGAUCUCGGUGCAAAGCCAAACCGGUCACCAAGGCGCUCGGUACCAGGCCGUCAGCGAAAAGUACGGGCAUCUUACCCGUAUCGGGCCCAACGAUCUGAUCACCGACGACCCGGACAUCAUCCGCCGGAUGAGCGCUGCCCGGUCCGCCUACAAGCGCUCCAGCUGGUACGAUGCCAUGCGCCUGAACCCGCUCCAGCACAGCCUGUUCAGCCUGACGGACACGGCGACGCACGACCGGCUCAAGGCGCAGAUGUCGCACGGGUACGGCGGCAAAGAGAACCCGACCCUCGAGGACGAGAUCGACGAGCAGCUCGCGAAUCUGCUGGGGCUCAUCCGGCGCAAGUACAUCUCGUCCGAGAAGGUGUACAGGCCCAUCGACCUGGCCACCGCGGUUCAGUAUUUUACGCUCGACUCGCUGACCAGAAUCGCGUACGGGAAGGAGUUUGGGUAUCUUGAGACGGAUUCGGACGUCCACUCGUAUAUCAAGACUUCUGAGAGUUUUCUGCCGAUCAUAGUUUUCUUUGCAGAACUCCCUUUCUUUUCCCGCAUAUUUUUCUCUCCUUCUGCACUUAAAUUGUAUGGACCAAAGGCGACAGACAAAGAGGGUAUAGGAAGAUUGAUCGGUAUUGCCAAAGAGGUCGUCAACAAGCGGUUCGAAAAUAACGCCGAAGACCAACAAGAUAUGCUGGGCUCAUUCAUCAGACAUGGGGUGCCGCAGGAGCUUCUAGAGGGUGAAGUACCAUUCCAGAUCAUCGCAGGUUCUGACACAACGGCCACGACAAUCCGUGGUACAAUGCUGAACCUGAUGACUACGCCGCAUGCAUACCAAGCCCUGCAGAAGGAGAUCGAUGCAGCGAUUGCCCAAGGUCUGCUCUCGAAUCCCGCGAGGGCAGACGAGGGGAGGCAGCUCGAAUAUCUGCAGGCGGUCAUAUACGAGGGUUUACGUAUUAACAUCCCAUUUACGGGUCUUGCCAUGAAAGAGGUGCCCCCCGAAGGAGACACGAUCCACGGCCACUUUGUCCCCGGGGGUACGCGGAUUGCUUGGAGUAUUACAGCCAUUGAGAGAUCGAAAGAAUUAUUCGGAGAAGACGCAGAACUGUUCCGCCCUGAGCGUUGGUUGAAUAUCGAGCCUAACAAAAAGCGAGAAAUGGUGCAGACAGUCGAGCUCGUGUUCGGGUAUGGACGUUGGGGAUGUGCUGGUAAACCCGUUGCUUUUAUGGAAUUGAACAAGGUCUAUAUUGAGCUAUUGCGACACUUCGACUUUCAGCUGGUCGAUGCAAAUCACCCAGUACAUUCGGUAAAUGUCAACAUUUGGUUCCAGAAAUAUAUGUGGGUACGAGUCACAGAAAGAUAUGUCAAUGCAUGAGCCAGCCCCCAACACACCAAACAGAAG